AGUUUCUUUCCAGGAAGCGAAAUGGUUGACAGACGUCUUUGAAUGGACCCUUGAAAUCUUAAUAUCUUUCUUUGGCCGAGCCUACGAUUUACAGUUCACUAUAAUACUAAUAAUCCAAUCUUCUUCACAAUAAUCUGCAGAAAGGAUUUAACUGAUUCGUACAGUGAACUUAAUUGGUGAAAGUGUGAUAAACAUACCUUCCACUGGUCAAAUUUAUCAACAGAAGUACAAAGUUUUUUGGUCAUGGUAUCUACCGCCAGGCGCACAGUGACUUGGUUCGCGUGUGUAAUCGUCGCGGGACUCGCCCUCUCCGGCCUUGUUUACAUCACCAUCGAUACUCUACGAAAUGACGGUACAACGUUGAGAACUGUUGGUACGCUCGAGUGAUCGAAAGCGGUACGAAGUACGUCAGCGCUUUUUUUCUCAUAAUGUGCGUCAUGAUCUCCGUUGCAAUGGCAAAUAACACGGGAAAGUUGAAGGAAGAUGAAAAGCAGCAACUGUACGAGGCUUAUGCUCGGGUGAUUCUUCCUCCAUCUUUUGACGACCUCAGCUUAAGGUCCUUACGUAGGGCUUCUUCGGUAGAAAGUGCGCCUCCUCCUUACGAGUCCUUGCAAAUCUCACACACGCCACAAUUGGAAGGAAGAGAAGGAAUGGUUCCGGACCUCACUGAAGACCAUCCCAGGCAAAAUUCAAGCCUAAGUCAAGAUGGAAUCGAUAAUCGGACUUCACCAGCUCUGUCAUCUUUGUCAUUUCCUGAAAUUGUCUGCGGCUCAUCUGAGGAGGUCAAGAAUUUCUCGGGUGUUGACCAAAUCCACAAAUUUACCCCACAAGCUGCUGUGGAUAAAUAAAAGAAUUUCGGAAAAGCUGUAGCGUCUCCGAUGAUUAAAACUCGCUCGGCUACUGACAGGAACGAGCAGUUAACUGGAAGUAAUUUAAAUAACUGACACUAAUUAAAAUAUUUCUUUACAACUGUAGUGGCCACGUUUCGGGCUUCCAGGAACCAUGUUGGUUUGAAUAUCGAAUAAAUUUUUUUGACCUAUGGCAUAAAAAACUCAGCAAAUCUUUCAGCCACCGUGUAGCGUAACUCACUGAGUAGCCUAACCCAAAGAGUAUCUUGAGCCCCUGGGGGAUGACGAUUUAUACAAACAUCUAGGGGACUAAUUGCGUUCCCCGGGCUACCCGAGCUAUUGUUGAAUAAAAAAGAUAUUGAGAAUUUAAGAAUAUCUCUGAGUUAUCAUUGACAGCAUUGACGAACUUCUUUCGCUUCUUAAAGCUAAUUAGAAUAAAUUAUGCAUUCUUGAAUGAUGAUACGAAGCUGAUGAUGAUUUUUUGUGCCAUAGAGCUGAAUUUUAAAUCUAAUGACGAUAAUUAUGUACCGAAUUUAACUUUGAUAUCCUCGUUAAUUCAAUCUAAUUGAAUGGAACUUUUUCCAUUCGUACAUUUGACCUGAGUUCUGCAUUAUUUAUUUAGCAUUGCACGUUUUUUUAAACUCCCUACCUCUGAAAUACGUUAAGCAUUAUUCUAUGGCUGAUUACUUUCCUGAAGAAUUUCAGAGUAUAUAUAUUUGAUUAAACGGGUACCGAACGUGGACAGCAUGAGCGUCAAGAGUAAAAUUCGUAAAGGUUUCCUAAGUUUUCUUACAGCGGCUACCAUUGCCUUCGCAAUUUAUCUUGUCGUUGACGUCGUCAUGCACCCUGGCACGAAAGAGGAACCCAGGAAUAUCCGUUGGGUGCUCCUCGCGUUCUGUUAUUGCUCUACUUGUGUGUACCUGCUGUUCCUGGUUCCUACAUACGUUCCUCGAUACCUUGAUGACGCCCCACCUCCCAAGAAAAUUCCGGACGAAAGAGAACGACAGCGUGCUCUAGCCGCGGCCGAUGUUGAAACCAGCACUGAACAACUCUCUUCGCCCAGUGAACCUCGCACUCCUACUGAAACGAAAGAUCAGGAGGAAGAUGCGCUAAUCUCAGAGAAUUGCUCUGGUAGUGCGCUCGAUGAAGCUCGCAGUACGGAUGGAGCAGCUGCUGCACUUGGUAGCGUCGAAGAAUUAGCAUCGUUUUCUAGUCAAGAUACACUUUCAAGAGAUAGGAGGUCGAGAUUUAAAAAGGGCCAGACCUGGCCACGAAGCCGUAAUAAUGGCUGGAACGAUAUAGCUGAUGUCUCUGCUUUAGAGGAAGGACUUGUAGGCCCAGAGCACAUGAAAAUCGACAACUUUUUGAACAGGAUCGAUGAAGAAAAGAAGCGGGCGAAUGAACAACGUCGCACUGACAAAUCUCGUAGUAGAAAUUCAUCAGCUAGUAGAGACAGUACAACAUCUACUACGGAUAGUUCAAGUUAUCCUAUAGCCGAUGAGUCCAACCCACGAAGGAACCGUCCUCCUCCUCCACCAAAACUAAACCCUGACGAGGAAGUGAGUUUAGUACCAUGGGGGGCUACUGGGGCGAGGCCGAAAACUACUCGAAGAGGGAGAAAGCAUCAUUGAUUUUACUGAGAAGUCUCGAAUCAUCAACCCACUCAAUAUUAUGAAUGUCAUGUUCACUUUGGACUAGAUUCAAUCUCUUUAAUGAGUAGCCUGAAAAAGUGGCAAUUUUAAGAAAAGAUAUAUAUUUUUUGCAUGAAGCUUUACUUCAUUUUUAACAAAAGAAAGUUUAAGGUUUUCAAUGAAUCAAACCUUAGUUUCUGUGAAGAAAAGUAAAAUCUGUGGUAUAUAAAAAAAUUCACAUUCUUUGCACAGAUUUAGCCUCUUGUAGCUGUCCAUUUUAGUUGUGAGACGAGAUUUUAAAAAAAUAUUCCGGCCUUUUUAAAAGAUUUCAUCAACAAGGUCGUUAAUAGCACCUAAUAAAACAUAAAUUUCAGUCGACUUUGAAUUGCAAUUCAGCUCCGACUAUUGCCGGUUCGUCAGGUGUUACUUUCGGCAACCUAAAUAUAUAUUAUUUUAUGGACCUUAUCCA